GGGAGAGGGGCUGGGGUUCCUUAGCGCCGAUUCCGUGGGAAGGGCCCCGGGGCCUCACACUGCUACUCGCGGGAGCGGCGCGGCUUACCCAGAGAGGCGCUGUACCUGGAGCCCGCGCCGCCGCCGUUCCCAGCCGGCUCUGGAGCGCGGGCGAGGGCCACGGGGCGGAUUCCGGAGCUGGGCUGACCUUUUGAAAUACUUCAACCAUGACUAAGAGAGAAGCAGAAGAACUGAUAGAAAUUGAAAUCGAUGGAACUGAGAAACCAGAAUGCACAGAAGAAAGCAUUGUGGAACAAACCUAUACCCCAGCUGAAUGUGUAAGCCAGGCCAUAGACAUCAAUGAACCAAUAGGCAAUUUAAAGAAACUACUAGAACCAAGACUACAGUGUUCUUUGGAUGCCCAUGAAAUUUGCCUGCAAGAUAUUCAGCUGGAUCCAGACCGAAGCUUGUUUGAUCAAGGAGUGAAAACAGAUGGGACUGUACAGCUUAGUGUACAGGUAAUUUCUUACCAAGGAAUUGAGCCAAAGUUAAACAUUCUUGAAAUUGUUAAGACUGCGGAAACAGUCGAAGUGGUCAUUGAUCCAGACGCCCACCAUGCAGAAGCAGAAGCGCAUCUCGUUGAAGAAGCUCAAGUGAUAACUCUUGAUGGCACCAAACACAUUACAACCAUUUCAGAUGAGACCUCGGAGCAAGUGACGAGAUGGGCCGCUGCACUGGAAGGCUACAGAAAAGAACAGGAGCGUCUUGGGAUCCCCUAUGAUCCUAUACAGUGGUCCACAGACCAAGUCCUGCAUUGGGUGGUUUGGGUAAUGAAGGAGUUCAGCAUGACUGAUAUAGACCUCACCACACUCAACAUUUCGGGAAGAGAAUUAUGUAGUCUCAACCAAGAAGAUUUUUUUCAGCGGGUCCCUCGGGGAGAAAUUCUCUGGAGUCAUCUGGAGCUUCUUCGAAAAUAUGUUUUGGCAAGCCAAGAGCAACAGAUGAAUGAGAUAGUCACAAUUGACCAGCCUGUACAGAUUAUUCCAGCAUCAGUGCCUUCUGCUACACCGACUACGAUUAAAGUUAUAAACAGUAGUGCAAAGGCAGCUAAAGUACAACGAUCCCCAAGGAUUUCAGGAGAAGAUAGAAGCUCACCGGGGAACAGAACAGAUUUAGGAAACAAUGGUCAGAUCCAACUAUGGCAGUUUUUGCUAGAACUUCUUACUGACAAGGAUGCUCGAGACUGUAUUUCUUGGGUUGGUGAUGAAGGUGAAUUUAAGCUAAAUCAACCUGAAUUGGUUGCACAAAAAUGGGGACAACGUAAAAACAAGCCUACCAUGAACUAUGAGAAACUUAGCCGUGCAUUACGGUAUUAUUAUGAUGGAGACAUGAUUUGUAAAGUUCAAGGCAAGAGAUUUGUGUACAAAUUUGUUUGUGACUUGAAGACUCUUAUUGGAUACAGUGCAGCAGAACUGAACCGCUUGGUCACAGAAUGUGAACAGAAGAAACUCGCAAAGAUGCAGCUCCACGGAAUUGCACAGCCGGUCACAGCCGUAGCACUGGCGGCUGCCUCUCUCCAAACAGAAAAAGACAAUUGAGAGCUAGGACCUCCUGGGAGUCUUAAGGUUUUUCUUAAAUAUUUAGAGCAAGCUUUGCUCUAACCUUUAUUACUGAAUUUGAAUCUUAUUUCUAGAGUGUACAAUCUGAUGCAUGAUUUUUUUAUAAAUAUUUCAUACUCUUGUGAAUUUGGAUCUUUUUACGUUGAGCAUAUAUUUUAGAAUAUGUUAAAGGAUCACCACGAUGCCUGCAAUGGGAGAGCAGGUUCAUCGAGGGUAGUUUGCAAACAGUCAGGAAAGCUAAACUGGUCAGUAUUAAUGUCUAGCCCUACCAAAAAAUAGCCAGUAGUGUCUGAAGAUGAAAGUUAAGGAAGCAUUUCCAGGAAACAGCCUGGUGUAGCCACUGCUGGGAUGUAGCUGUUUCCUCUCUGCUGCUUUACAGAGAGCCUGAAAAAGGAAAUUUCAGCUGAAGCAUGUGUGCCUGUUUCAUCUAAUCAAGCAGAGCUAAACAGUCAUAUCAAAUAAAAUUAUAUUGAUAAUUACUAAACUAUCAGGUUAUUAAUUUAUAUAUUUGCAAGUAAAAAAUAAGUUAACUGGCAGAAGAAAGUGUUGAAUCCUCGAGACCCAGGUUUAAAGCUGGCUUAACUCAAACCAUUAUUAAUGGUUUUCUGUAUAGAUUAUUCAUUAUGUCAAGCCAAGUACUUAAAUUUUUUUUGAGAGAGGCAUUUAAUUCUAAUAAACCAGCUAUUGCAAAAAUUCCAAAAUGAUAUCAUUCUUUCUCUCAGAUUUUAAAAAGUAUACCUCAGUUAGAAAGAAAAAAAAAUGGUUUAGUUUUGACUUCCUCUUUUUUAAAAUUAAUCUGUAAUACUAGAUUAUUAUGCAACACCAUUUAUAUAUUCCCUUCUGUGUUUCUGAUAAAAUGAAGACUUUAGAUUAGACGAAGUGUUUAACGUUUGAAGUAAGUUCCUUGUGAGUAGUUAUGAAAGGGCAUUUGACUGGGCUCUGCAGGCAAUCUUUAAAUAAAGUUUCCCACUUGUUUCAUUUUCUUCUUUUGAAUAUUGCAUAUAUGACUAAAAAUACUACACACAUGGCUAGCUAACCACUUCUACGUAUAUGAAGACAGAAAGAUAUUCAAGAGGAGAUCAAUAUUUCUAAAUUUUUAAAUAAAUCUUAUAUGAAAUGCCUUACUGCUUGCUAACACUAAGAAGAAAUGGCUAAAAAAUUCUGUUUAUUUUAAAGUAUUAUCCAUAAAUCAUGAUAUGAGAGAUUAGCAUAUAGUUUUCAUAACAGAAAGGAAUUCCUCGGAACAGUAUAAAGGCUACUUUAUAUACAUCUCUCUCAUUUGUUUUUCUUUCAAUUCAUUCCCAAAUUGCUUUAGAAGAGUUGAGGAGAAGAGAAAGCAUAUGCACUCGCAGCCUGACAGUGCAACCAGGACUAAGUACUGGCUUGGAGUAUUAGGGACAAGAAAGAAGGGUUGCUCACCUCCUACAGCAUAACUUCCAGUGCCAGGCUAUCAGACUUCAACAAGUGUUGCUAGUUUCUUUGUAUGAAGUCCUUUAAGAUUAUACAGUAAAUAGUUAAACAGAGUUAAAUUGUAUCUUUUAUUUUAUUUUUUGUUUUUAUAAGCAACAGUAGGCUGGCAAAUUAGUAGUACAGUUUGACCGCCAUGAUUUGAAGAGUGUAGAGUAGAACAAUCUCCAGACCCUGACUUGAGAUAACAAAUAGUCCUGGGAGCCAUAAGUCACUGCUUCAGAACAGGAUAUUUCUGCAGUACCUUCAGAGCUUGAGAAUCUUAGAAUUAAAGUGUCUUGGAGACAUUAUGUUAGAGUUUUAGCCAAGAGGACAGACUUUGUGUAUCAUUCAGAGAAAUAUGUUUUUAAGGAAAGGAUUAUUUAUAUUUGUUCUAGAUCCCUAAAAAUCAAAUUAAACAUUUCCAAAUGCUAAAAAAAAAAA